GGGAACCACGGUACCCAGCACUCCGAGCCCACAGAGAAGUUCGCCGACCUGAUGUACACGGGGCCUUGAUACACCACAGAGACUCGGUCGGCGCGCAGGUGAAAGGACCCUCGCGCGGUGACAUUCUACUACCAUUGCCGACUUGCCGCCAACCCAUCUCUACUCCUUUCAGAGUGUUGGAAGAAGUGGAAACCUGCUACUCCCUCAACAUGUCAAGAUACCAUUCUGACAGAUGACGUCUCUCGAAUACCAGCCUGACCAGCUGGCGGAACCGGAUGACCACUGGGGGACCGUAUUCCUGUCCAUGCGAGAUGCCUCGGGGCAAAUUCCCAUCAAUUACAUAACUCACCCGGGGGUUUACGUUACGAAGGCUUGUUUUUCCAAUGGGGUCUACGAUGACCUCCCGACUCAAACAUGCAUCUCGGAUCUGUUUGCUAGCCAAUACCGCCGUCUGAUCAUUGACCUGUAUUGGGAUAACAUCAACCGGCAAUUCAGUCUAUGUCCAGUCGAGCUUCCUCCCCUAGUAGGCAAUUCGACUGCCGGUUACAGCGUGGAUUCAUCGGCACUGUCUUCAAUCACUGCAUCCACAUCCUUUGCCACUCCGCUUCCAACCACCACAGUUGCGUCAAAUUCAACGGCCUCUCUGGCGCCUAGCGUCGGAAAGCGGCAGGGUUCAGCGUCUUCGCUAAGCAACUUCACCUCGCCGAUUUCCUCUACCACUGCUUCGAUCAGUGGUACUCCCACGACGACGAGUGAUGUGGCCAUUCCAACGUCGACUGGUGCCACAGGUGGAACUUUACUCAAAUUGGGACCUUACAUGUGCAGCCUGGACUUGAACAUCGGUUCCGUCAUUUCCUUGUACAAUGAUUACUUUGACCAUACCUCAGACACCAUCUCGGCACGACUACACUUUCUUGACAUCAAUUUACAUGCCGCUGCACCAUUUACCGAUCCUUCCUCUCCUGCACAUACACCGAUGCCGGGCCGACUACCUGGUUCCGAUGAUCUCAUAGGAGCCCAAUUCGAGGCUGCUCUCGGUAAAGCUAUAUACACACCGCAAAACCUGCAAGACGAUCGUAACGAUCUGAACAGGUCGUGGUUUCGUGAUGAUUACCGAGUACCUACAGACGCAAACUACUUCCGUACCGAGGAAACAGGAGAGAAUGGCAUCCGCUCCACACCAGACGGCUGGCCUGGAGAAACCUGGAUUCUCCUUACUGACAGCCGAAGACUUCUGCUGAGUUGGGAUCAGAUUGACCCACAGAUGGCACAGUACGACUUUCUGAGCGAGUCGAGCACCAUCUUUAAUGCAACCGAGCUGUUUCCAACUCCGCAUGUCGCAUUGAGUGAGAGCGGCGAGGCAACCGCGGGCUGCUACUAUCACUCAGGUGAUACGACCAUCGCUCAGGUCAACGCGUCUUGGGCGAUUUCAACCAUUGGGGACAUCAACUCAAAUGCCCUCUCCACCCUUUCCCAGAACCUAACAGCAUGCGGGUUCUCGCCCGUUAUGAACGUGACCCUCGACGGCUUGUCCGUACAGAACAAUUUGUUGUCUUAUCAGGAUUUUGCACAGUCAACAGUGUUUGGAUGGGCUCCAGGCCAACCGCUAAACACUACUUCAGCAAACGGGAAGACUGAUGAUGACCUUCGGUGUGCAGUGCUUGAUGCAACUAGCCAAUUCCAGGGACGUUGGCGGCUAGAGACAUGCCAGAAAUCACGGCGAGCUGCAUGUCGCAUUGCAGGCGAGCCGUAUGCAUGGCGCCUUUCCACAUUCAAUGUUCCUUAUGGUGCGGCACCAGAUGCAUGUCCAGACGCGACGUCAUUCGAUCUUCCCAGAACGGGGCUUGAAAACACGUACCUGUAUCGGCAGAUAUUGAAUGAUACUACUCCCCGAAAUGAUGACUCUGAUGGGAUAUUGUCAGGUGUCUGGAUCAACUUUAACUCACUGGACCAAGCCGACUGCUGGGUCCUAGGCGGGCCCAACGCAACAUGUCCUUACUCGGACUUCAAGGAGGAGGAACAACAAAGACAGAUUCUCAUUCCAACGAUAGCGGCACUGAUCAUCCUGAUACUGACUGUCCUGACGAUCCUGGUCAAAUGUAACCAGAACCGAAGGAAUAGCCGAACUCGAAGAAGAGGCGAUAAUGGAUGGGAGUACGAGGGCAUUCCGUCUUGACGGGCCACGAAGAUAUUGCGCAUGUUCUAAUAUAUACGUCUGAUUGAUAUUGCAUCCUUCCUCCCUUUUCCUUCCAGAUCAACGCGAGUUCCAUGGCGAAAUUCCCGCCGAGUUUGGCGGCCACGGUCGAACCGCGGAUGGAUAAAUUCUGUGCAUCUCUGGAAGCAGAUAUGCUUAGCCUUGUCGUCAAGCAAACUUGUAGGCGCAGUUCUGCGCCGACGGCAUCGCACUGGGACAUUGAUAUACUGAU